AUGUGCUGGGAGCUGGUUCAGAAUGGGGGCUCCGCAGUAUCCUUCGGCAAGUAUCUCUUGAACUUCCUUGCGAACCUACUACCGGGUUGGCGGCAACGGGUGGGUGGAGAAGCCCUGGUUUCGGGACGAUGCGGACAGCAGGUGGUCUUCUUGGGUUCCUUGGAUGGCCCUCUUCCUAUACAGGGAAAGCAGUUGGCCGACUUCCAGUCGAACCUUUGGCCACUCAGAGCUUUGAGGUCGACUGCGGUUGUCCUUGGCGUCUGUUCCUCGAAAGCGGAGGUCCACCCGCUGUUCAGGGAUUAUUUCCUGGAAAUUGAGUCUGGGCACUCUGGCUCCCUCCCAAACCUCGGCUUCCAGGCAAAGCUAGGGCACGGAAGGGCUUUCCAGAGCUCCGCCGACGCCACCCGUGUCACGGUCGUUGGGUGCGACAAUGUUCUCCACGAGCUAGAGACGACAGUGGUGCAGUACUUCCGCAGUUUGGAGGUUUUCCACGGCAUGGGUAUAGCUUGGCCGCCCAGGACCCUACUGCACGGGCCCCCAGGAAGUGGGAAAAGCCACUUACUGCGAUGGCUGUCUUCCCAGGUAGAGGUCCUGGGUGUUCGAGUCUCGUGGCUUCGUCCUUCAGACGUUCUUUCCCGGUACUUGGGUGAAAGUGAGGAGCGCUUGAGGCUGGCGUUUGCGGCUGCCAGCCAAGGGUCCCAGCCAGGAUCUCUGUUGUUGAUCGAGGGCUUGGACGACUUUGUACGGCCUCCGGCAGAAGACAGCAGCUUCCACAACAGGAUGGCGGCCACUUUCUUGACACUUCUAGAUGGUAUCGACUCCCCGGUGACAGACGCCCCGGGGCUUUCUGUCGUCGCCACCUCCCGAACUCCAGCCGAGGAUCUGGACCCUCGGGUGACGCGGCCAGGACGAAUGGACAGGUGGCUGCGGAUGCUUGAGCUGCAUCUCUUUGCUGUUAAGGGAAUUCAGGGCCUGGCAGCCCAAAUCGAAAAAACGUGA